UUGAAAUGUUUAACCUCUGAGGCGUCAGAGCGCCAGAGGAGCUGCGGAGACGGAGGCUUUUCUGUCGGAGGAGGACGAGAGACGAUAAAAUAUAAAGAUUAUACAUCUUAUUAGUGGUGGAAACAAUCCGCGGAUACUUUGGAAAGAGAGAGGAAAUACGUGGACACGGAAUUCGAGGAGAACAUCUGCAGCCAUGACUUCACACAACCUGAGCGGGAUCAAACGAGACGAGAAGGGGAGAAACAUCCAGGUCGUUGUGAGAUGCAGGCCUUUCAACACGGUGGAGCGCAAGUCGUCCUACGGCAUCAUUGACUGCGAUACCAACAGGAAGGAGGUGCUUGUGAGGACGGGGGGCGUGAACGACAAGUCGUCCCGGAAGGCUUACACCUUUGACAUGGUGUUUGGUCCAGCUGCCAAGCAGAUUGACGUAUACAGGAGCGUUGUUUGCCCCAUCCUGGAUGAAGUGAUCAUGGGUUAUAACUGCACUGUUUUUGCCUACGGUCAGACGGGAACAGGAAAGACGUUCACCAUGGAGGGAGAGCGGAGUCCAAACGAGCAGUUCACCUGGGAGGAGGACCCUCUGGCCGGCAUCAUCCCCAGAACGCUGCACCAGAUCUUCGAGAAGCUCUCUGAGAACGGCACAGAGUUCUCGGUGAAAGUGUCCCUGCUGGAGAUCUACAACGAGGAGCUGUUCGACCUCCUCAGCCCCACCGAGGACGUCAACGAGCGGCUGCAGCUCUUCGACGACCCGCGCAACAAGCGCGGCGUGGUGGUGAAGGGUCUGGAGGAGGUGACCGUUCACAACAAAGAUGAAGUUUAUCAGAUCUUGGAGAGGGGAUCGGCCAAGAGGAGGACGGCCUCCACGCUCAUGAACGCCUACUCCAGUCGCUCCCACUCUGUGUUCUCGGUCACCAUUCACAUGAAGGAGAUCACUCUGGACGGAGAGGAGCUGGUGAAGAUCGGCAAACUCAAUCUGGUGGAUCUCGCCGGCAGCGAGAACAUCGGCCGCUCGGGCGCGGUGGACAAGCGAGCUCGCGAGGCGGGAAACAUCAACCAGUCUCUGCUGACGCUGGGCAGAGUGAUCACGGCGCUGGUGGAGAAACGCCCUCACGUCCCGUACAGAGAGUCUAAGCUGACCAGGAUCCUUCAGGACUCGCUAGGGGGGCGAACGAAAACCUCCAUCAUCGCCACGGUGUCGCCUUCCUCAAGCAACCUGGAGGAGACGCUGAGCACGCUGGAGUACGCCAGCAGAGCCAAGAACAUCAUGAACAAGCCCGAAGUCAACCAGAAGCUCACCAAGAGGACGCUCAUCAAGGAAUACACAGAGGAGAUCGAGCGCCUGAAGCGCGACCUGGCUGCCACCCGAGACAAGAACGGCGUUUAUCUGUCCACAGAGAACUACGAGAGUAUGAUGAGUCAGAUCACCGCUCAUGAGGAGAACGUGUCCGAGUACACCGAUAAGAUCGCUGUGAUGGAGGAGGAGCUGAAGAAG